AUGUUCAAAUUUUGCUUGCUGGUUUUCAUCGGUCUCGUGCCGUCGCUUGUGCUAGCCGAAGUUAAUUUCGGCGAAUGUCCCAACGGUGCACCAAUGCCGAUGCUGCUGAUGAUCAACGACUGCAUCGCAGAUGAGUGCAACCUGAUGGCUGGGGAACCUCUCACGGUAACAGCCAGUGGAAUAGUGAGUCCGAUCGAUAGUGCCACCGCUACUGCCCAUAUUUCGGCUUACCUGGAUGGUUUGAAUCUGGGCUUCGUAAUACCUCCCCACCUGGAAAAUGCCUGCGUCAGGGGAAUUUAUGAAGGAUGCCCGCUUACUGAAGGAACACCUUUCAGUUACUCGUUGGUCAGUGACAGCUUGGAGGCUCCAGCCAGAGGCGUAGCGGUUGAGAUUGAAGUCGGUUUGGCGGGAGAUGGUGGCGUUCCGUUGGCUUGCGUGCGCUUCAACGCGGUGAUCAACUGA